UCUCGUGUCUCUAACCCUUUAGCGACACCAUGUCUACCACCCCUGGCGGCAGCAAGCGAAACUCGAGCGUUGCCCACAUCGAAGAAGACGAAAGCAGUGAACAUAUCCAUUCCGAACAUGUGUCUGAUCAUGUACUUCCUGAAAGCGAACUCCCAACUGGCUUGAAGCGUCAUGAUUCAUUAGAUAUCGAGUCCGCUAAAAUUCGGGGCCACCACGGUCACCAUGACACGAAGGAUUGGGGGGUGAUACUUCGACUUGCUUUUCAAAGCAUCGGAGUGGUUUACGGCGACAUAGGGACAUCGCCGUUGUAUGUGUAUUCAAGCACCUUUACUGACGGGAUCAAACACGAAGAUGAUAUUUUGGGCGUUUUGUCCCUCAUCUUCUACACGAUCACAAUCAUUCCUGUUCUUAAGUACGUAGUAAUCGUCUUACGUGCCAACGAUAAUGGUGACGGAGGUACGUUUGCAUUGUACUCGAAACUGUGUAGAUACGCAAAGGUAGGUUUAAUCCCGAGCGAGCAACCAGAGGAUCGAGAGGUAUCGAAUUUUCAACUUGAGUUACCUGGCAAACGUAACACGAUAUCAUCAAAGGUCAAGAAGAGUCUCGAGCAAAGCAACUUUGCCAAGUUCGCACUACUAUUUGCUGCCAUGCUCGGGACUUCCAUGGUCAUUGGUGAUGGCAUCCUCACGCCUUCCAUAUCCGUAUUAUCUGCGGUAUCGGGACUUAAGGAGGCAACUGAUACAAUGACAGAAGGGAGGAUCGUCAUAAUAUCAGUGAUAAUCUUGAUAACUUUAUUCAUGGUUCAAAGAUUUGGAACUGAUAGAGUUGGCUACAGUUUUGCCCCCAUCAUUUGCGUCUGGUUCGCGCUCAUUGGUGGAAUCGGUGUGUUCAACUUCAUCAAGUUCGACCCUUCUGUCGCCAAAGCCAUAAACCCUAAAUACAUCAUUGAUUACUUCAAGCGAAACGGAAAAGAUGGAUGGAUUUCGCUUGGAGGAGUCGUUCUAGCAAUUACAGGAACUGAGGCUAUGUUUGCUGAUCUUGGACACUUUACUGUAAAAUCCAUACAAAUAAGCAUGGGUUGUGUGGUUUAUCCAGCUCUAAUCACUGCGUAUAGCGGUCAGGCAUCUUGGCUAAGAAAGCAUCAAGGUCUUGUUGCGGACACUUUUUAUAAAUCAGCCCCGGAUGCCUUGUACUGGCCAGUGUUUGUGGUGGCUGUUAUGGCCGCGAUUAUAGCAAGUCAAGCUAUGAUCUCUGGGACGUUUUCGAUUAUCAAGCAAUCGCUUUCGCUAGGGUGUUUUCCUCGUGUUCAAGUCUUGCAUACAUCAGAUAAGUAUGAAGGGCAGGUUUACAUACCGGAAAUGAAUUAUCUUCUUAUGAUUGGUUGUGUUCUUGUUACCGUUUCGUUCAGAACUACCGAAAACAUUGGCCAUGCUUACGGUAUUGCGGUGAUAUUUGCCGAGACGCUGACUUCAGGAUUCAUGGUGGUGAUCAUGCUCGUCAUAUGGAAAACCAACAUACUUCUCGUGCUCUUAUUUGUGCUUGUGAUUAGCUCCACAGAAUAUAUCUAUUUAAGCGCGGUUCUUUACAAAUUCGGUGAAGGUGGAUACUUACCUUUUUCAUUUGCCGUCGUGUUAAUGUUCAUAAUGUGCACUUGGAAUUAUGUUUACCGAGCAAAAUACAACUACGAGCUUGAUCACAAAGUUUCACGAGAAGCCAUAAAAGACAUUGUUGUGGACUCCAACAUUCGUCGUAUGGGAGGACUUGCAAUCUUCUACUCAGAACUCGCCCAUGGCAUUCCGCCAAUUUUUAAACACUAUGUUGACAAUGUACCUGCUUUACAUUCGGUUAUCGUGUUUGUUUCUAUCAAGUCAUUGCCGAUUAGUAGGGUCGCCCCAGAAGAGAGGUUUUUGUUUCGAAGAGUGAAGCCAAACGAGUUGUAUGUUUUUAGGUGCGUGGUGAGGUAUGGGUACACGGAUGUGCGCAAUGAAAAGGAGUCGUUUGAGAAGAUUUUGGUCGAAAACUUGAAGAAUUUUAUUCAAUAUGAUUAUGGAACCGAGCCACAACAAGGUCGUAUAGGGGAUGAUGAUGUUGCGAAACUAGACCAAGCUUGGCGAACUGGAAUCGUGCAUUUGGUGGGUGAGAAUGAGAUCGUCUCGAAGCCGAGGUCUUCUAUUGGGAAAAAGUUUCUCAUUGAUUAUGCUUAUAAUUUCAUGAAGAGAAAUUUGAAGCAAAGUUAUAAUGUGUUCGAAAUUCCUCAUGAAAAGAUGUUGAAGGUUGGAAUGACCUACGAGCUCUAAUUAAUGAAGACAUAUAUAUAAAUAUCUGAAUGACUCGUGUCCAAAAGUAUUGGAACAAGAAGUUACGAAGAAUGUUCAAUAAACAAAAAAGAAAACAAAAAGUUAACCUUGUAUAUGUAUGUGGUUUCUUAAGCCUUUUGUAUUUUCCGCUUGUUGUUUUGUUUUGUUUUUUUUUUAUGACUUGAUUGAGCUUUCUGCAAUCAAUAGUAAACUUCUGAAUUUAAGAAAAAAAUAUGUUGUAUUGAUUUUUAUGGGUGUGUGUAGUCAAUAUAAGUUGAAAUUAUUAGCAGAAGAAAUA